AUGACGUCUGUCAAGGUUGCGGUCCGAGUACGGCCUUUCAAUAGCCGCGAGUUGUCGCAGAAAUGCAAAUGUAUUAUUUCCAUGAACGGACAGCCGAAGAGUCCAAAGUUUGCCACUCAACGGCAAGUUUACCAAGAUCUUGGUCUGGAGAUGUUGGAUCACGCUUUCGAAGGGUACAAUGUAUGCAUAUUUGCCUAUGGCCAGACGGGCGCUGGAAAGUCGUUUACCAUGAUGGGAAAGUCGAACAGUACCGAUCAAGGUAUUAUACCGCAGAUGUGCUCGGAAUUGUUCAGUCGGAUCAAAAAUUCACUGGACCCAAACCUGCAGUUUUCCGUUGAAGUUUCGUAUAUGGAGAUUUAUUGCGAAAGAGUUCGCGACCUACUCAACCCAAAGAACACAGCCAAUUUACGGGUGCGAGAACAUCCCCUGUUGGGUCCUUACGUCGAGGAUUUGACGAAGCUGGCCGUUACGAGUUACGAAGACGUUUCCCACCUGAUUGAUGAGGGCAACAAAUCGAGAACGGUGGCUGCCACAAAUAUGAACGAGACAAGUAGCCGGUCUCAUGCAGUUUUUACGUUAGUUUUUACGCAAAAGAGGCACGAUGUUAGCACAAAGUUGGAUACAGAAAAAGUGAGCCGAAUUUGUUUGGUCGACCUUGCCGGAAGCGAACGAGCAGAUUCUACAGGUGCCGAAGGCGUUCGGUUGAAGGAAGGUGCUAACAUUAACAAAUCAUUGACCACACUUGGAAAAGUGAUAUCUGCUCUAGCCGAAAUGUCCGCCACCGCUGGCGUUAAAAAGCGACGAAAGGGUGAUUUUAUUCCGUACAGAGAUUCGGUACUUACGUGGCUGCUAAAAGAAAACUUAGAUCGUGCAAAACAGAUCCUGUGUCGUGCCGUCGUCAACGAAGAUCCGAAUGCACGCCUGAUCAACGACUUGAAGUCCGAGGUUACUCGUCUAAAAGUUUUAUUGGCCAAACAAGGAAUCAAUCCAGAUAUGGACUUAACUUCCGCUGAAAGGCAGAUGAUCACAACACAAAGCAGCGUUUACAGUGUUGCGGAGGAGGAUACUAUCGAUCGAUUGAAGACUUCUGAAAAGCUGAUUGCGGAACUGAACGAAACGUGGGAGGAGAAACUGAGGAAGACCGAGGCAAUACGGGCCGCUAGAGAAGCAGAACUGAAAGAGAUUGGUCUCGCAACGUUAGAAGACGGACAUGCCUUGGGAGUCUUUUCUCCUAAGAAGGUGACGCUCCCUCAUUUGGUAAAUCUGAACGAGGAUCCACUCAUGUCUGAAUGUCUGUUGUACUACCUGAAAGAGGGAAUGACAAAGGUCGGAAGAGCCGAUGCACCCACUCGUCAGGAUAUUCAGCUCUGCGGACAACACAUCGAGAAGGAACACUGCGUGUUCGAAAACAGAGAGGGAGUGGUCACGUUGAUUCCCGUUAGUUCGGCAUUGUGCUAUGUCAACGGCAAGCUGAUCACCGAGCCGACUGCUUUAAAAUCCAGCAACCGCGUGAUACUAGGAAAUUAUCACGUGUUUCGUUUCAACCACCCUCAAGAGGUACGUGAGUCCCGCCAGAAUCUUGCUGCCGUUUGCGAAGAGCCGGUCGACUGGUACUACGCUCAGCGUGAACUGCUUGAGAAACAGGGUAUCGACCUGAAGGAAGAAAUGGAAAAGAAACUUGAGGAAAUGGAAGAACAGUACAAGAAGGAAAAAGAAGAAUUUACCAUAGCUUUCGAAAAGCAGAAGAAGGAAUAUGAAAACCGUAUCAACAUCCUACAGAAGCAGGUGGACCUGGCACAAAGCCUGAUCAGCUCGACAUGCUCUAAUUUUACCUGGGACAGUGAGCAAGUGCUGGGUAUGACUCAGAGUGAUACAACGUGGUCUGAGAAAGAACAGAAUCUUGUCAAGUGGGCGUUCACCAAAUGGCGCUACCACCAGUUCACUUCUUUGAGGGAUGAUCUUUGGGGCAAUGCAAAGUUUCUCAAGGAAGCAAAUUCCAUGAGUGUAGAGCUGAAGAAACUGGUAAGCUGUCAACCAAAUGUAUCUGCUGUUUUUGAUAUUGGUCACCUUUGA